AUGACGGCGAAAUUUCAUCUCGUUGAUUUAGCGGGUAGUGAAAGGACAAAAAGAACCGGGGCUGUUGGUGUUAGAUUUAAAGAAGCUGUCCAAAUUAAUUGUGGAUUGCUUGCUCUAGGAAACGUUAUUAGUGCACUGGGAGACGAGAAAAAAAGAGCACACACUACGCACGUCCCUUAUCGAGAUUCUAAAUUAACAAGACUGUUACAGGAUAGCUUAGGAGGAAAUAGUCGAACUGUAAUGUUAGCAUGUAUUUCUCCAGCAGAUUCCAAUUUUGAAGAGACAUUGAAUACACUUAAAUAUGCCAAUCGAGCAAGAAAUAUCAAGAACAAACCAGUGGUUAACAUUGAUCCUCAUUCCAUGCAAAUAGAUCAGCUCAGAAAUGAAAUACAUGCGUUAAAGUUGGCUCUUCUCCAACAGAAAAUGUCCUCUGAGGGUGUCCAAUAUUCGGACUCUCUUGAGGAAUUGUUAAAAUUUGAAGACAACCAACGAUUUCUUUUGGAGAUUCAAAAGAAAACGCCUUCUUCGAGCAACUUACUUCAACUUGCAAACGUGCCAGAUCACAAGGAUGAGACAAAACUUCUUCGAGAACAACUUUCUUCAAGCAAUUCAAAAAUUACGGAACUAAGUGAAAAUAUCCUCAACAUCGAAGCAGAAAGAGAUAUGUACUUACAUAAGAUACAAAGUUUCCGUCAGCGUGUUAGAGAGGUUUUGCGAGUGCUUUUUAAAGUUCCUUGGAGCACCCUUGACAUUCCAAAAGAGAAAAUAACGGAGAUCAUCAAAGUAUUGGAAGAUGUUGCCAAUUAUGAUGUAAAUGUCAGCGCAGAGAGAAAAGACAAGCCCCAAGGAUAUUCACCUCGAUUACCAAAUAUUGAGCAAGUGGUUGUCGAGAACCACGAUAUUGAAGAAAAGAAUAAGAUAAUAGAGUCUCUUAUGAAAGAGUUGAAAGAUGCUAAGGACGAUCUAAAGCGUGACGAAAAAAUAUUUACAGAGAAGAUGCGAGAGAUUAAGAGGCUGUCUAAAACAAAUUGGGUUCUUAAAAAGAAUGUCCAAGCACUGAAACAAGAUCUUGAUACUGAGAUGAAACGAGUAGCUCAGCUCGAAGAAUAUAUUCAAAGUCUCCCAGAAGAAUUAGGUGUUACUACCGUUCCUCCAUUACCUACCACAAGUGCACCGAAAAUACCUGAAAGUCAAGAGGCCAAACAGGAUGCCACACAAACAGAUGGACAGUUGGACGGAGAGCUUGGCAAGUUGGAAGAUGAAAUCAAAAAUCUAGAAAAAGAAAAAACUUUAAUGUACAAUCAGCAAAGCCAAAUUGAACUUGAAAAGUCCAUGGUUGAAAAACAAAUGCAAGAUCAGCAGAAAAUGUAUUUAAGAAAGCAACGAAAGCUGGAGCAAAGUUUAAAAGAUCUUACUGUGAUGAUAAAACUGAAAGAAGAGCUCAUUAAGGACUUGUUAAAGAGCGAGCAUGAGUCCAUUGUUCUGAAAGAGCAAUAUGAGAAGAAGAUAAUAGAGAUGGAGAAUUCUGUAGUAGCCACUCAACAAGAGUUAGAAAAAUUGAUGAAUGCACUUGAGACAGCUGACAUGGAGAGAGGUAAAAAGGAAGAAGAAAAACGCAGAAUUCAGCUUGACUAUGAAGAACGACUGAACAAACAAAAUAUGCAAUUAUCUGAUCUCAGGAAAAAGGCGACCGAAAACGAGAGGUUAAUGAAGCUAAAGUAUCAAAGUGAUCGAAAAGUUAAUGAUUUGCAGACAGAGAUAACAAAGAUGAAAACACAACAAGAAUUUCUUAAAAAUAAGAUCAAAGAAGAAACAGAGAAACAAAACCAAAUAUAUAAUGCCCAACUAAAGCAAAUAUCAGCAUUAAAGAAACAAGGUGAAGCAAGUCAAAAGAGAAUACGUGAGCUAGAGAUUGAAAAUCAGAGACAAAAAGAAAUCUUGGAACGCAAGUCAGAAGAGGUUCAGAAAGUCAACCAACAAUUGAGGCUUAAUAGGUAUCAACUAUCUCGAGUUUCAAAAAGCAAAUCUAUUUCAGCCGAUAUUGAUAAACAAAAAGAAUGGUUGGACAAAGAAAUUGAGAAAUACAUGACUAAAAAAGAGGCAAUAGAAACUCUGGAGCAGGAGUUGGCAAGAAGAGAAGCAAUAAUACAAGAAAAAGAGAGAAUGUUGUCAGCCAAGCAAGAUAUUGAAAUGAGGAAAAUACGAAAGAAUCAACAUAUGCAAGAAUCUAUGGUUGACAUCCUUAAACAACUGCAAGAAGUGGAGAGAGAAAUUGUAGAGAAGGAAACAAUUUUGAAGAGCAAAAGAACGUCUAAUAGUAAUAAUUGCUUGAAAACUGAAGCUAAAAUAAUCAAUGAUUUGCAACUACAAAUUGAAACCUUACAUCAAAGGCGAGAAAAGAUGUUACGACAACGAGAGAAAUUAGAGCAAAAAGCAAAAGAUCAAAUUAAGAAAGAAGAUGAAGAGCUUCAGGAAAUUAAUGAGAGAACAGAGGUUCUAGAUGCCGAAAUUGAAUUUAAAAACGAAACGAUAGAACAAGUUCAAAACAGACUCAGGGUCGAGGAAAGCCACUCCUCUCUUUCGUUGUCUCAUUUCAACGAUAUCCACUCUUUGGCAGAGGCCAAAGUACUCUUGAAACAGUACUUUGAAAAAGUGAUUGAGCUCAAAGAGGACGAGAAAUCAAAGAAACAAAAGAUUAUGGAGUUCGAUUUGGCCUUAAAAGAACGUGAUAAGAUGAUUGAAAAUCUCCAAAAUCAUAUUCGAUUGACUGAAUUGGUUUUUGAGCGAAGACACCUGAAAUUACAGAAGGAGAACGAACAGAAGAUAACAUAUCUUCUCAAACAAAUUGCUCAAUAUAAUGGAGAUCAGUCCUCCACUUCAGGCGGCUCUUUAUCUAUUGACACUGAAAAGAUUGACAAGCUCAUCAAAUACAAGGAUGAGCAAAUUCAAAAGCUCGAAAAACAAUUGGACAAAAUCAAGCUACGAUCAGAACAAGUUGAAAACAAUUCAGUAAGGCUCUCCACAAACACUAAGCUUUCGAGUGAGCUACGAAGCUUGAAACAACUCGUAUCUAACAAACACUCCCAAAUGUAA